AUGACUACAAACAGCACUCAAACUGGUCACAUCCCAAUAGAAUCAUUAUUAGAAAGUAAUACUGAUAAAGACUCCAAUACUGAUCAAUUGUUAACGACUGAAAUUAUCAUUAUCAGUCAACAACCAUUGCUACAAUUCAAUACGACAAAUAUGAUUCCAAGUCAAAUCCCAUCGAUGCCAAAUCGGAUGCAAUCAAUUUCUACUCAUAUUUCGGAAUAUGAAAAUCUUACAACGGGUCAGUUAGGACGACGACGGCGACGAAGACGACAACGCCAACGAAGACAACAACAUCGAGAACAGCAUCGGCAACAACAGCACCGACAGCAACAGCACCGGCAACAACGGCGACAACAGCAGCAUGGACAACGAACAGAAAUACAACAGCAACAACAACAACAAAUCAGAUAUCACCGAUACAGACGAUGGUCGUCAUUUGAACGUGAGGAAGCCUAUUGGGAAUGGAUCGGUCAGUCAGAAUAUAUGGAGGAGAAUAUCUCACCGGUCCUAGAAACAUAUAAUUGGGAAACAAUGCAUCCAAAUGAAAGACAAGAAAUAUGGGAACAAAAUCAUUUAAACGAGUUACAAAGAAAUACUACACCAGAACAACAAGAUCCAUGGGAUUAUUUAGAAGCAUUUGCUGCUCUUGAACAUUUAAGAUUAAUACAGCAUGAAAUAGAACAAAACCAUCAAAUUAAUGUAAUUGAAGAACUGGAAGCAGAGGAACUACAACAGCGACACAAUGCCGAUCAGAUUUAA